AUGGCCACCACAUUGACCGGUCGCUGUGUCUGCGCCCAACUACAGUACUCCGCCAAACUUGCUUCCGCAGACGAUGCAAGGACAUCUCUGUGUCACUGCUCCAGCUGCAAGAGGGCCUUCGGGACCAACUACGGUCUGACGACCAAGGUCCCGCUGGAAGGCUUCUCCUACACGCGAGCCCAGCCGAAAAAGUUCAAGCAGGACAACGGCGUGAUCCGGGAGUUCUGCGACACCUGCGGCGCGUUCCUGUGCGAGUACGGGGAGGCGGCGGCGGACAAGUUUCGGUACGUCAUGUGGGGGACGUUCGACGAGCCCGACCAGGUUCCGCCCAAGGGAGAGUUCUUUUGCGCGCAGAGAGAGGCGUGGAUGCCGGAGAUUGACGGCGUCUUUCACAAACAGGAGAUCAAGCAGUGA